AAAGAGACAGUUGAGUCACUGUGCACGCACAUUAAGAAAGCUAAAGUCGUUUGUGUGAAGGUCUAGUCUACCUCCGGAAAGAAAAAUGAGGGAAAUCGUGCAUCUGCAGGCCGGCCAGUGCGGAAACCAGAUUGGUGCCAAGUUUUGGGAGGUCAUCAGUGAUGAGCAUGGUAUUGACCCAACAGGAACAUACCAUGGUGACAGUGACCUGCAGCUUGACAGGAUCAAUGUUUACUACAAUGAGGCCUCAGGUGGUAAAUAUGUCCCCCGUGCUGUCCUGGUGGACUUGGAGCCAGGCACCAUGGACUCUGUGAGGUCUGGACCUUUUGGCCAGGUCUUCAGACCAGACAACUUUGUUUUUGGCCAGAGUGGUGCUGGCAACAACUGGGCUAAGGGUCACUACACUGAGGGUGCAGAGCUGGUGGACUCUGUCCUGGAUGUGGUGAGGAAGGAGGCAGAAAGCUGUGACUGCCUGCAGGGCUUCCAGCUCACACACUCCCUGGGUGGUGGUACAGGCUCCGGUAUGGGAACCCUGCUCAUCAGCAAGAUCCGUGAAGAGUACCCUGACCGUAUCAUGAACACCUUCAGUGUGGUGCCUUCUCCAAAAGUAUCAGACACAGUUGUUGAGCCCUACAAUGCCACACUAUCAGUCCACCAGCUUGUAGAAAACACAGAUGAGACCUACUGCAUCGACAAUGAGGCCCUAUACGACAUCUGUUUCCGCACCCUCAAACUCACAACCCCUUCAUACGGUGACCUCAACCACUUGGUCUCCGCCACCAUGAGCGGUGUCACCACCUGCCUCAGGUUCCCUGGACAGCUCAACGCUGACCUGCGCAAGUUGGCUGUAAACAUGGUGCCAUUCCCCCGUCUGCACUUCUUCAUGCCCGGUUUUGCUCCCCUCACAAGCAGAGGCAGCCAGCAGUACAGAUCACUCACUGUGCCAGAGCUCACCCAGCAGAUGUUCGACGCCAAGAACAUGAUGGCUGCCUGCGACCCACGUCACGGCCGCUACCUGACAGUGGCUGCCAUCUUCCGUGGCCGCAUGUCCAUGAAGGAGGUGGAUGAGCAGAUGCUGAAUGUGCAGAACAAGAACAGCAGCUACUUCGUCGAAUGGAUCCCCAACAACGUGAAGACCGCCGUCUGCGACAUUCCUCCCCGUGGCCUCAAGAUGGCUGCCACCUUCAUUGGCAACAGCACAGCCAUCCAGGAGCUGUUCAAGCGCAUUUCUGAGCAGUUCACAGCUAUGUUCAGGCGCAAAGCUUUCCUCCAUUGGUACACAGGUGAGGGUAUGGAUGAGAUGGAGUUCACCGAGGCAGAGAGCAACAUGAACGACCUGGUCUCUGAGUACCAACAGUACCAGGAUGCCACUGCUGAGGAGGAGGGAGAGUUUGAGGAGGAGGGUGAGGAGGAGCUGGCCUAAAUCUAAGAUUUUUACAAAGCUCUGCUGUUGUAUCUUUUCAGUGAAAUGUAACGUUCCAAGUCUUUUCCAGUCUUCAGUGUUCUGUCUGCUGUUCAUGUUAAUAAAAAGUUCUCCUGCA